UGAGCGCUGCGCAAAAGAGAAACGAAUCGCAGCAACCAACGCAUAGAGGAGGAAAAAAGCAGCACCAACAAAACAAAACACAAGCCUGCCGCCCAGACAGCCAAUCAGCCAAAAGUCAUCCAAUCCAGUCCGUCCAGUCACAAAAGAACUCUCCAGACAGACACACCUCACACACGCAAACACACACACACACAUACACUCAAGACUGUGGCCAAAACACACACACACAUUCCAGCCAAGUAAACCAGAAAUGCGUUAGAUUUAAGAGCGAAUCCGUUUCCGAGUUCCCCGUAAAGAUGAGAGCCCCUGUCUUGCUGCUUGCCUAUGCUCUAAUCAGCGCCAGCUGCUUGACGCUGUGUGCCGCCUGCUCAUCGCGUCCCAUGCCCAAACCCCGUCCGGAGGCGCCGCCCACCACAGAGGGACCUGGAGCCGGAGCCGGAGCCGGGCCCGUGCCAACACUGCCGCCGGAUAAUGUGGCCAUAACGACGCCACGUCCGAACAUCACCUUCCCCACCUUCAAGUGCCCGCCCACAUAUGCGGCCUGGUACUGCCUGAACGAUGCCACCUGCUUCACCGUGGAGAUCCACAACGAUAUCCUGUACAACUGCGAGUGCGCCCUGGGAUUCAUGGGGCCGCGGUGCGAGUACAAGGAGAUCGACGGCUCCUAUCUGCCCACGCGCAACCGCGUGAUGCUAGAGAAGGCCAGCAUCGUGAGUGGCGCCACCCUGGCGCUGCUCUUCAUGGCCAUGUGCUGCGUGAUCCUCUACAUGCGCCACGAGAAGCAGCAGAAGCAGAAGCUAAACGACAGCGGCACCGAUGUGGGCGAUGUGGUGGGUGGAGGUGGCUGUCAGAACGAUGGCAUGGAUGAGGUCGAUAGCCGAAAGCCAAUGCGCUCAGCCCGACGUCCGUUCGCACCCUGUCGGAUCCUCUCGCUGGAGGAGGCCCACUACCAGGCCCUGGCCUCCAAUCACCGCCCCAGGCACUGCAAUUAAUGCGAUCUUUAACUGAAACGGAAACGAAACUAAUGAUCGAACAAGUGUUUUAUUGAAUGUCUAACAUGUUUAACCGUCCCGUCUGUUUUUUUUGUUUGUUCUUUUAACCUAUUUUUUGAUAACGAUUCGAUAACGACUAUAUAAUAUAAUAUACAUAUGUACAUCCUAGUAUUAAGCGCCCACUGAUGUGCCUCUAAAAUUAUAGCAGAAGUAUUACUGAACGAGAGCCGAUAGCUCUCCGAGGGAGUUUAGAGAUAAUGCAAUGCAAUUUUGGCAGCUAGCCGACCAUUUAUUUAUUAUUAAUUUAACUUGAUUGAACGCCCGCCACGCCUGCCCGCGUAAACUAUUAACUAUUAACAUUAAUAAAAGCGAGAGCAACAAACACUAAAGAGAAAGAGAACGAGCUAAACUUUUAACCAC